GUUUAACUUCCUGUCAGGACAUCUUCGAACAUGGCAGCCAUUACAACCCCAGUAGCGGCGGAGCAGAGCACAGCACAGAAAUCGGACACGGUCGUUUUUGACAUAACAAAACCCCCUGUCAUUGAAGGAUUUACCCCUCUGCCGCGGGCCAAGGAAGAAGGAUUCAAAGACAAGUUUAUUAGAAAGACUAAAGAGAAUCCCUUUGUGCCGAUAGGUUGCCUGGGAACGGCCGGGGCGCUAACUUACGGUCUCAUUGCCUUUAAGCAUGGGAAGACCCGACAGUCACAGCUGCUGAUGCGAGCGCGUAUCUUCGCACAGGGGUUCACCGUGGCAGCUAUCGUGGUGGGCGUGGUAGCUACGGCUAUGAAGCCGAAGCAGUGAGGCUAAUUUCGCCAUCAUCGCCAAUUCUCAUCCGCCGAUCCUCCUAUUGCAAAGCAAUGGGAAGCAACUCUAAGCUGUGUGAUUAAACCUUUCUUAAGGAACUGGUUAUUAUUUUAUAGCCAGAUGAUUGCCCACUUCUUUUGCAUACUGUGUAUAUUGCUGUAUGUAAUCUAAAUGCACAGUAACAGUAUCGAUUAAAAAGAAAAUGCUACAGGUGACAUUCAGCUCUAGAAAGUGUCAUGAUUGUAUCUAGACUUUCUUCUCAUUUAAUUUGUGGAAAAUGCUCGUUGAUGUGAAAAGGGAAGAUGUGUAUAUUCGCAGAGCAAUACUGAACAUUAUUAAAAGGGUGCCAACUGUAUUUUUAUGUAUGUAGUAGGCGUGGGUCAAAUUUGAAAUGCUUUGACCCUGAUGAUUGUUAAAUUUGAAAACAGUCCUGCAGAUACCUGAGUAAUUCUCAGUCAAGCAUGUGACUAGGUUGGUCAAGCAAGUGCACACACAAGUACAUUUUGGUGAAGCAGAUUUUUUCUUAGAAUUAUCUGUAAUGUGCAGGAAUGUUACUAGUGUUGAAUGUAUUUAAAAGAUUUUUAUUUAAUUUUUUUUUUUUAACCCAGGUCUGAUAUUUAAACACGCUCAUUAUAAAUUGGUCAGUUAACAUGCAAUUCAAUACCUGGACAAUCUGUUGUGUUGGUGUCUUCUCACAGAAUCAAAUAAAGAUAAGCCUCACUGCACAA